UUACCAUGCCAUCCAGAAAUAGUUGAAAUAAAUAUUUCAGUGUCAAAAUUUCCGUUGAACUUUUUCGCACUUUGGCGACCGAACUAUCGAAAUUCAAGUCGUAUAUCAUUAAUAAAUUUGCAAAUGUAAAUUUGCAAAACCCAUCAAAAUUAUUGUGUGAAAGAAUCGCGAAAAAUCAUGGCGUUUGUGUGCCCCGAGAAAAGCCAGAAACGAAAGGAGCUGCUCAACGAGCUGAAAUGUCUGAUGGAACAAGUGGGCGGCGGGGACAAUGGAUGUUGCCCCCCAAAGUGUGGCCCUGCCCCUUGCUGCCCGUCAGUAAACAGUUGCCUCGGACCAGUUAUCGAAAUUUAUGACCCGUUACCGAAACCUUGUUUGCCUAUUUGCAGCCCUAUGUGCCCACCUUGCUGUUCUCCAGCGUGUGGUCCCUCUUGUCCACCUCCGGGAUGUUGCCCGCCUCCAGGCUGUUGCCCACCUUCUGGAGGCUGCUGUCCACCUACGUGCACCCCCGGAACAUGUCCGCCUCCAAACGCCUCAGUCCCAAUUUGUCCUCCUCCACCUCAGCCCAUCUGCGUUCCUCCCAUUCUUCCAGUCUGCACUCCGGUGCCACCUCCCUGUGUUCCUAUAUGCAAUCCAAACCCUGAAGAACAGCCUUGUGUUCCAUGCAAUCCUCCCCAAAUGAUGGUAUGUUAUAGGAGGCCGAAAGCGCAAGCGAAAGAACCAAGAAGCAAAAGCAGAGAGCUCAGAGCAAGCAUUUUACAUGUUGGCUGCGACUGCGAGAAACACAAUGGUUUGCAAGAUGACUGUCCACGAUCAGAAUGCCAUGGAUCACCUGAAUGUUUAACCCAACCCGACCCUACAUGUGGACCGUCUGAGUUUGCCGACUGCAAACACCUGGGAAAAAAAGGCUACGAUCCCAGAAAGAAGGACUUGGAACAAUAUCAGUGUUAUCCCGCAUUUGUGCGUUUACCAUCAUGCGCCCCAUGCGGCGGUGGAAAUGGAGGAAACGGUGGUGGCUCAAGUAGUUGUCCUCCGCCCUGUGGUCCUUGUGGACCUUGUGGUCCUUGUGGACCAUGUGGGCCUUGUGGGCCUUGUGGUCCUUGUGGUCCCUGUGGUCCCUGUGGGCCUUGCGGUCCUUGUGGUCCGUGUGGACCCUGUUGUCCUCCACCUUGCGUACCUCUAAUAGCGCAAGCUCCUUGUCCUCCACCAGUAUUGCCAACUCCACCUCCAUGCGUUCCAGUAGGUCGUGUGGUACCAGUAUGUCCAGCUGUACCGAUGCCCAUUCCCUGUCCGCCUCCCGUUGUUUGUUGUCCCCCAACCAAUCAGCCACAAUGUUGUCCUUGUCCUCCACCAUCAUGCUAUCCUGCUCCAUGUUGUCCAUGUCCUUGCUAAAGUACGUUGUUCUGUACGGAUACGGUGUGCCACAAAUUCGAUCCGCACCAUAACUGCGGAGCAACUGAGCAAAACGCAUUAAAUCGAAAUAUAUCACUUUGAGUUAUCACCGAAAAAGCAAUUAAAUUAAUUUAAAUUUAAUAAAAUUAUUGUUUAGGCUUCAGGUAUGUAUUAAUGCUUUUAUUCUGGUUGUAUUUAUAUUUUUUAACUUAACUUCAGAGGCCUGAAUGUUUAAAGUUCUUUCCAUAGGGUUUAUCUCAGUUUGCUUAACCAAAGUGUGGAUUUAUAGAUAUUUGUUCGAUAUAAAUUAGUUCUACUUAGCCUUUGUGAGGAUCUAUUUUAUUGGCAAUUAAACUAAAUGUAUAUCAGACAUUUCAACUAAUAGAAUACGACCCGCCAGUAUACCAAAGACACUUUUUUGUGUAAUAUAAUAUUUAACUUAAAUCUGCAGGCCAAUAUCUUACCUUCUUCGAAAGCAAAUUUUAUUUGAUUAAAUAAUGGAUUUACGCUAGUCCGUCUGGUCAUAAAUUGAAUUUAAUAAAUUUUUGCUUGAUGGAUGAAACUAUGGAUAUGAUUGAUUGAAUCACCGAUUGACAUGUCGAUAUGCGAUUUAAAGACUUUGCCCCAA